GUACCAGGAUGGCGACAGCUAAGGUGGUUCUGGGUGUUCUCCUUGUCAAGAUGAUGAUUGUAGACCAAUGCCAUGGCCAUGAUCCUGUUCCUCUGGGCCUUGAGAGUAAUGUCAUCCCAGAUUCAAGUCUGACAGCUUCCAGUGAGUAUAAUGCUGACCAUGGUGCAAAGAGAGGUCGUCUUAACCUGGCCCGAGUCGGUAACCUGCGUGGAGCCUGGUCUGCACUAACUAACAAUGCCAACCAGUGGAUCCAGGUGGAUCUUUUGAACCUUUACCGUGUCAUUUCAGUUGCGACUCAAGGGCGAGAAGAUGUAAGCCAGUGGGUUACAAGCUACAAGCUUGCUUGUAGUACUGAUGGCACGACCUUUCACACCGUGCAGGGAAUUUCUACAAAUCCUGGAGCUGACAGGAUCUUCACCGGUAAUGGUGACCGCAACACCAUCGUGACCAACACUCUUCCUGUGCCCCAGAUUUGCCGUUAUGUUCGCUUGAUGCCUGUCAGCUGGUUCGGCCACAUCAGUCUUCGAAUGGAGAUCUACGGUGAAGGCCCUCUCACAGCCAACUUGAAUGACCCUGACCCUCUGGGCCUUGAGAGUUAUGUCAUCCCAGAUUCAAGUCUGACAGCUUCCAGUGAGUAUAAUGCUGACCAUGGUGCAAAGAGAGGUCGUCUUAACCUGGCCCGAGUCGGUAACCUGCGUGGAGCCUGGUCUGCACGAACAAACGAUGCCAACCAGUGGAUCCAGGUGGAUCUUUUGGACCUUUACCGUGUCAUUUCAGUUGCGACUCAAGGGCGAGAAGAUGUAAGCCAGUGGGUUACAAGCUACAAGCUUGCUUGUAGUACUGAUGGCAUGACCUUUCACACCGUGCAGGGAAUUUCUACAAAUCCUGGAGCUGACAGGAUCUUCACCGGUAAUGUUGACCGCAACACCAUCGUGACCAACACUCUUCCUGUGCCCCAGAUUUGCCGUUAUGUUCGCUUGAUGCCUGUCAGCUGGUUCGGCCACAUCAGUCUUCGAAUGGAGAUCUACGGUGAAGGCCCUCUCACAGCCAACUUGAAUGACCCUGACCCUCUGGGCCUUGAGAGUUAUGUCAUCCCAGAUUCAAGUCUGACAGCUUCCAGUGAGUAUAAUGCUGACCAUGGUGCAAAGAGAGGUCGUCUUAACCUGGCCCGAGUCGGUAACCUGCGUGGAGCCUGGUCUGCACGAACAAACGAUGCCAACCAGUGGAUCCAGGUGGAUCUUUUGGACCUUUACCGUGUCAUUUCAGUUGCGACUCAAGGGCGAGAAGAUGUAAGCCAGUGGGUUACAAGCUACAAGCUUGCUUGUAGUACUGAUGGCACGACCUUUCACACCGUGCAGGGAAUUUCUACAAAUCCUGGAGCUGACAGGAUCUUCACCGGUAAUGUUGACCGCAACACCAUCGUGACCAACACUCUUCCUGUGCCCCAGAUUUGCCGUUAUGUUCGCUUGAUGCCUGUCAGCUGGUUCGGCCACAUCAGUCUUCGAAUGGAGAUCUACGGUGAAGGCCCUCUCACAGCCAACUUGAAUGACCCUGACCCUCUGGGCCUUGAGAGUUAUGUCAUCCCAGAUUCAAGUCUGACAGCUUCCAGUGAGUAUAAUGCUGACCAUGGUGCAAAGAGAGGUCGUCUUAACCUGGCCCGAGUCGGUAACCUGCGUGGAGCCUGGUCUGCACGAACAAACGAUGCCAACCAGUGGAUCCAGGUGGAUCUUUUGGACCUUUACCGUGUCAUUUCAGUUGCGACUCAAGGGCGAGAAGAUGUAAGCCAGUGGGUUACAAGCUACAAGCUUGCUUGUAGUACUGAUGGCACGACCUUUCACACCGUGCAGGGAAUUUCUACAAAUCCUGGAGCUGACAGGAUCUUUACCGGUAAUGUUGACCGCAACACCAUCGUGACCAACACUCUUCCUGUGCCCCAGAUUUGCCGUUAUGUUCGCUUGAUGCCUGUCAGCUGGUUCGGCCACAUCAGUCUUCGAAUGGAGAUCUACGGUGAAGGACCUCUCACAGCCAACUUGAAUGACCCUGACCCUCUGGGCCUUGAGAGUUAUGUCAUCCCAGAUUCAAGUCUGACAGCUUCCAGUGAGUAUAAUGCUGACCAUGGUGCAAAGAGAGGUCGUCUUAACCUGGCCCGAGUCGGUAACCUGCGUGGAGCCUGGUCUGCACGAACAAACGAUGCCAACCAGUGGAUCCAGGUGGAUCUUUUGGACCUUUACCGUGUCAUUUCAGUUGCGACUCAAGGGCGAGAAGAUGUAAGCCAGUGGGUUACAAGCUACAAGCUUGCUUGUAGUACUGAUGGCACGACCUUUCACACCGUGCAGGGAAUUUCUACAAAUCCUGGAGCUGACAGGGUAAGUUUGUUCUCUAAUUAUUCAUUAGUUAAUAUUAUCUGGACUCUAUUUUUGAAGAAUUUUGAAGGCAUUUGAUUUCUCAUUGAAAAC